UGGAUCACAGCAGAAAAACAAGAUAUAUAUUGUUAUUUUUGGCAGCUUAGUAUUUAACCUCUGGAAACAUGCACCUACCUUGGAAGUGACAUGGCUAGAAGUGUAACCAGAUGCAAUUAAGCACUUAAAAUGGCAAAGUCCAAAAUGGAUGGACACCAUCAUUCUUCAAGGGCGUGCUGCUUACUGUUGUUGUAUUCCUUUUUUCCACUAGUUUCCCUACUAAUCAGUGACAUGCUCCAGUAAAAUCUGUUGUUUUGGUUGCCUUCAACAACUUAGUUUGAAAGACAUUUGCCAAAGUCUGUUUGUUUCACUUUCAGGCAUAAUUGCAAAAAGUGCUAUACAAAGGUGGGGUGGAUACUAUAACAGAAUCAGAAUGACUGACCAUGCUACGAUACAAACAGGCACUCUGCAGGAGGAAGGAAUCCAAUAUGCUCCAUGAUGUGCCCUGUAUUCACCAGAUAACCUCAGAUUUAUUUGCAAUCUCAUGGAUUAACUUUCAAGUUCUGACACAAAAACAUUUUAUGUUUGCCCUUGUGGAGUUUUAUUUGGUAUAAAAUACAACCCAAAAACGUUUUAUUUCUACAUGUAUCUUUGUUAUUGCAUGUAGACCCCGGCAGAAUUUCUAUCUUUUGUUCUUUUCCCAUUUUGUUAAAAAUCAAAAUGGCUCAUUUUUUUAAAGCAGGAGCUUGGACACUGUUUGCAGCAUUAAGUUUGUUUAGCUGCUGUAGUUUUGGCUAUUGUGAGGUCUCAAGGACUAGUGGUUCGGACUCAGAAGGGAGUAGACAAGAGCCAGAACCCUCGCCAUAUGAAAGAGUGAAGAGAGGAUGGGUGUGGAACCAGUUUUUUGUGGUGGAGGAGUAUACAGGCACAGAGCCGCUAUAUGUUGGCAAGAUCCAUACAGACUCUGACGAGGGUGAAGGCAACAUCAAGUACACUAUCACAGGAGAAGGGGCAGGCACCAUCUUCAUCAUCGAUGAGCUUACAGGAGACAUCCACGCCACAGAGAGACUGGACCGCGAAGAGAAGGCUUCCUACACACUGAGGGCCCGGGCCAGGGACCGGCUGUCCAACGACCUUCUGGAAUCGGAGUCAGAGUUUGUCAUCAAGGUCCAGGACAUCAACGACAGCGAGCCCAAGUUCUUGGAGGGUCCCUACAUCGGCAGUGUGGCAGAGCUGUCACCCAUAGGAACAUCCGUUAUGAAGGUUAAUGCAUCUGAUGCUGACGACCCUACAUACGGCAGCAGUGCCAAAGUGGUGUACAGCGUAAUGGAUGGAGAAAAGAUUUUCACGGUAGACAGAAACGAAGGAAUCAUCAUGACAGCAGUGGCAGAUUUGGACCGUGAGACACAGGAUCGGUAUGAGUUGGUCGUCAAGGCAACAGACAUGGCAGGACAAAUGGGCGGACUCUCAGGCUCUACCACGGUGACCAUAGUGAUCACAGACGUUAAUGACAACCCACCGCGCUUCCCACAGAAGAUGUACCAGUUUUCUGUGUCGGAGGGGGCGGCUGUGGGGACCCCAGUUGGGCGCAUCAUUGCCACAGAUGCAGACAUGGGAGAAAACACCGACAUGAGCUAUCUGAUCAAAGAGGAAGGGGAUCUCUUCAAGGUCACCACCGAUGUAGAAACACAGGAAGCCAUUGUUUCGAUCAAGAAGCCGCUGGACUAUGAGAGCAAGCGCACACACAAUGUUGUGGUGGAGGCAGUAAAUAAGCAUGUGGACCCUCGCUUUGUGGACCUGGGUUCCUUCCGCGACCAGACCAUAGUCCGGGUCAGCGUGUCAGACAUAGAUGAGCCACCCAUCUUUCAACCGGCAGAUGGCACUAUAAUGGAAGUGCAGGAGGAUACUAAAGUAGGAGCACUGGUUGGCGUCAUCAGUGCCAGGGACCCGGAUGUGAAGAACAAGCCUGUUAGGUUCUCUAUUGAUCGGACCACAGACCAGGAGAUGAUCUUUCAUAUUGAUCCUGAUUCGGGUGCCAUCACACUGAGGAAGGUUUUGGACAGAGAGACCGCAGGCUGGCACAAUAUCACUGUGAGGGCUGUAGAAACAGAAAACCACACCAUGGCGUCUCACUCAGCAGUGAGUAUUCGGAUUCUGGAUGUAAAUGACAAUCCUCCUGAACUGGCCACACCGUACGAAGCCUCCAUAUGUGAAGAUGCCAAACCAGGACAGCUAAUUCACACUAUCAGUGUGGUAGAUAAAGACGAGCCACAAUCUGGACAUCGCUUCUACUUUACCCUGGCCCCUGAAGGCUCCAGCAAUCGACACUUCACCUUAUGGGAUGUCAAAGACAACACAGCUGGAAUCCGGACCCAGCGGUCAGGCUUUAACCGCCAUGAGCAGAAUGUAUACUUCCUGCCUAUCCUGGUGGUAGACAGCGGGCCUCCCUCCCUCAGCUCCACAGGCACCCUGACCAUUCAUGUCUGCGGCUGCGACCCAGAGGGAGCCAUCCAAUCCUGCAACGCCACAGCCUAUUCGAUGAGUGCGGCUCUCAGCCCCGGGGCACUCAUAGCCCUUCUGGUCUGCAUUCUCAUCCUCAUAGUUCUCGUCUUGCUGAUCCUGACCCUGAAACGCCACAGGAAGGGCCAGAGGAUGGCGGAGGACGAGGAGGACAUGAGGGAUAACGUCAUCAAGUACAACGAUGAGGGCGGAGGGGAGCAGGACACUCAGGCGUACGACAUGAGCGCCCUGAGGAACCUGUAUGACUUCCCAGAGGCCAAGAGCUGUGACUCUGGCCCAGACAUCCGCUCCCUGCCGCAGUGGAUACAGGCUAACCGUGUGGGUGGGGGUGCAGAGGGAGCGGCAGCAGCAGCGGCAGCAGCAGACUUCUCCCUAUUCAAAGGCUACAUCCGGAAGAAGGUGGAACAAGCUGAUGCAGACCUGUCGGUGCCACCAUAUGACUCCUUCCAGACAUACGCAUUUGAGGGCAACAGUUCACCGGCGCUCUCACUAAGCUCCAUCCACACGAUGUCCACCACCUCAGAGCAGGAUUUCUCCUACCUCAGCGACUGGGGACCACGUUUCAGGCAACUGGCAGGCUACUAUGCUCCAGCAAACCCUGAGGAGGAAGGGUCCUAGCACAGCUCCUCUGCAGAGAGACGUUUAAACUCCUUCUUCCUCCUUCUUCUUCUCUGCCUCCUCUUCUCACCCUCUGGCACUCAUCAGAGCCAGCACUGUGUUCCUUAAAGACCGAGCACCAUCUCUUUAUCACUUGACAGACAAAUCCCAGUGUGAAACUUUGAACUCUUGUUUUUUUUUACAUUCUUUGCUUUUUGUGAGACCUCAGCAGGAAAUCUUUGGCGAUGAUACGAGAUAGAAUAAAGAAAGAGAUAUGCAGUCACCAAAAUUGCCAUUUAGUCCGAAGGGAAGAUUUUCUGUCAUCUAAACUUUCAUUUGUAAGCUGUAAAAACUGUUUUCAGGGUUACAAAGUCUCAUCAUUAUGUAGGUAGGAUAAAACAAUGCCACGACAAGCUGUCUGACAAACAUGUAUUUAUUUGAGGAAAUAUUUAAAUAUUUAUUUGUUUUUAUGUAUUUAUUUAUUUAUUUAUUAACACCAUGAUCACUAUGGUAACUAUAACAGUGAACUCUGCUGAAGUGCUUAAGAAAACGUGAGGGGAGGAGGACAUUAUGAAAAGAAUGAGGGACAACAUGGAAGAAAGAAAGAUGGACUGCAGUGGCAGAUGACAACACAAAUAUAGGCAACAAGGUGACAUUAGGGGUCAAAUAUAAAUUACCUUCUGGAAAAUAUUUGUAUUUAUUUUCUAUGACCACUUUUGUAAAACAACUUACUGAAGACAUAAAUGAAAUGUAAAGGCAAAAAGGGAACAGAUUGAGUGAAAAACUGCAGAAAAGAAGAGCCGGCAGUUCAGUCUGAACAUUUGAGACUGACAUACUUUAAAUGUAUUAUAGUGAUUUAUAAAAGGGGUUUUGUCGGUCACCAACUGAGGACAAUUGUGUGUUAACCAUUUCUUUUCUUAUCCUCUCCACAGCCAAUUGUAAGGCAAUAAGGCACAAACCGCAACAGUGAUUUAAGACUAAACAAAGUGACUGUUUCAUGAAAUUGGCUGGUCGCCAGCAUUGUCCCACAGGGAGCCAAUUUUCAUUUUUAGAUUUUGUGUGAGAAUGUGUUCAAUGUGUUUAAUUCAUUUUAUAACGUGAGACGUUUGAUUUUGCUUUUGAUGUGUUGUUUACUUGAGUGGAGGGAGGGAGGGGGGGAACUAGGAUGGUUGUGUAAUGAAUGGACUGGUCACAUCCACCUGAUAUCCACAACCUGUUCAAUGUUGACAUUAACUUGCAAAUGUAUUGAACAUUUAAAAAAAGA